UUUAACUUCACUUGUACAAACUUCAGGAAGACCAGAAGAAGCUGUGAACGAAAAAUGUAGAUUCUUUUGCAUUGUUGGACUUUUUCCUAUAAAAAACGGCUGUUCCAGUGAAAUUGCUAUGGCUCCUUUUGGAAAGAAUUUCCUAAAAUCCCGCCUGAAAAAUAGGACUGCUAAGAAAGAAGUAGAAUCUGUUGGAAAAGAAAUUCAAGUAUGGGUUUCCCAGGAAGAAAAAGUUGUUUCUGGUUUAACAAGAUACACCACUUGUGCCGACGUUAUCAAUGCCUUGUUGGAGGACCAAAAGGCUUUAAGUGGAGACAAAAGAGUUUCAUUUGGAGACUCAAAGCAAUAUUGCCUUAUAGAGAGAUGGCGUGGAUUUGAAAGAGCUUUGCCCCCAUUAACAAGAAUGACAAAAUUGUUGAGGACCUGGGGGCAAGAAAAAACAUUUGUUCAGUUUGUCUUGGUCAAAACAGAUGCUUAUGUUCGAAAUGCUGCUUGGAUGUCAUCAGAGACUAAUCUAACUGCCGUCAAGGAAAAAAGGUGGGACCAAGGUCCUGCUCAAUACAUGAAGUCGUUGCCAGUACACAAGCAGAAAAAGAUGGUCAGAAAGGCAUUUCGAAAACUAGAAAAGAUGAAACAUGAACCAGUGCAGCAAGACAAAAACAAUAUGGAAAGUCUAAUUCAACUGGUAAUAUCACAAGAUCUCACCAUAAGACAACAGAUACGUAAAAUGCGCGAAAUUGAUAUUGCGAUUGAAAAGAAUGAGCUGGAAGUAUGCAUGGGAUGGACAGAGUCGGCAGAAGAAAACACUGAUAAAGAAGCUUGUUACAGUGAACAACCUUGUGACUAUCAAUUACAGGAGUACAUUUACACCAACGAUGGUGUUUUGCAACUAGAGGAGGAACUGGAACAGCAUAAGCAGCUUAUUCAAGUUUUAACAAACGAAAUCGAAGAAGAGAUUAAGAGUAUUUGUUUGAAGGAUGUUGAUGACACAGAAAAGGCUGCAGAGAAUUCUGAGUGGGAAUAUAAGGACGAUACAAGUGUAGAAGGUCUUAAAGAUGAACUGGAGGACAGCAUGAAAAAGGGACUAGCCAUCCAUAUGAACUUGCUGGAAAUACAAAAGCAGCUUCAGUACAAUGAAGUGAUUAUGCAGAGCAAGAUGCGAGAGUGUGAACUUUUAGCUGGGCAGCUUAGCACACUGCAUAUUGCAGAUAAUGUGGACCACCUCUGUUCUUUAAGCUUUAAAGACAUCAAAAAGGGAAGCAUUGGACAAAUCAGACUUCCCAAAACAAUGUCUAAAACAGAUGUUAACGAUACAGACUCAGACACUGGCAUCAGUUCUACACAUAGCCAAGACUCAUUAUCUCCUUGUUUGGAGAUCUCUGCACCACCCAUAUAAGUUUAGAGACAUGUAAACUUCUUAAUUUAAUUAAAAUUUAUUUUUGUAUUCUUUUUCUACUUACAUUCAGUGUCAGAUACCUUUCAUAAUUUGAUUUUUUCAUAAACAUUAAAUAUUUACUUUUGAAAUAUAAAUUUGUAUAAAUGAAAAUUUGCUCUCACUAUAGAUGUUAUUGACAUUUGUAGUCUUCAGUGACAGUUUAUCAUCCUAGAGAUUUUUCUAUCAAACCAGUGUUACUAAAAGAUGACCAGUGAGGAAGCUGGCUUUUAUUUUUACUUCAACUAAGUUCUUGCUUAAUGGCUGUGUAUUGAUUUUUCAAAUGUAUAUGCUACUGUAUAUUGCAGCUGUGGUAAGGAAACUUCAUAAAUUAUGUGUAACAUUCAACUGGUGCUCAGAGAAGAACUCAUGCAGAUGCAGAGAGAGCUGCAAAGAUAGACUGGAACUUAAACCAAGUUUUCCUGAAGCUGUGAGACAGCAACACUAGCUGUUGUGCAAAUGAGCCAUGCUGUGAUGAUAUAGUUUUCCCCAAAUAAUGUUUCUUAUUUGUUUGACAGAAAUAUUUUACUAAGCUUUCGUAUCCAUAUAAUUUUGCACAUUAAGAUUCCACCAGUGUUAAACUUUGUAUUAAACAAUGCUGCCACCUAAAAAUAAUUAGCAAUUUGAGCGAUCGUCAGCAUGUUUUUUAAAUGUCGAAUGAGAUAAAACAUAACCUAAGAAAAUGAAAAAAGUAUGGUUGCCAGCUAUUUUUUAAUCAGAAAUUGAAGAACAUAUGUUCGAUUCUCAAUAUUAAAACACAUCACAGCAUUUCAAAACCUCAGGUGAGAGACAAAAAGCGUCUCAAUGGUAGCACAACUUGACAAAACAGUGUUAGUGCACGAAAAUCUGUCACAGGGCUCAUUCACGCACACAUGGAUAAUUUAGAAAACCUACUCAGACUUGGUGAGAACAUGCAAUUUCUAUACAGACAACCACAGAGCACAGGAUUUAUAAUCAUUGAGACAGCAGCACCAGCCGCUGUACCAGCACGCCACCCUGUUUGGGGACAUGAUUUCCUUAUUACUUUCUAAUCAUAAAAAAUAGCCAGUAGGUUUUAUUUCAAUUUUUUAUUGCUACUACUAUAAAAGUUGUACUACCCCAAGCUGUUGCCAUUGUGAUUACCCUUCAUAUUGUCAACAUAAAAACUUUGCUCCAUAAUCUGUGGUUCAGUGCUAUGAAAGUACCACCAGAUCCAAAAAUAUCAAUCUGUCCCAUAUGAUCUGUAUAUAGUAUGCAGUGGACAGUGUAAAAGUGUACAUAUAUAUAACACACACGCACACGGUAAAAAGUCAGCAGUGAUCAGGAAAAAAAAUAUUUUACCUGAAGAAAAACCUCUUUUGGGACCCUAGUCUUUACAAAAAUAAGUUAUUGGACAGAAGACCCAAACCUACUACCCCAAAUGCAGUUUGGGCAUUUUCAUUCCACAAAAGCAAAACUGUCAAAGCAAAUAAGCAAGACUUUGGCCAUUACUCAUAAAAGUGUGCAAUGUAAUGGCACAUCCUAGCAAGAAAACAACCAAAAUGUAAAAGAAAUGGCAAGCAUACCUAUAAUGAUCAAUAAAAUGCAAUGGGCUUUAUAGCAGUUGCAGAAGUGGGUUAUGCUAACAUAAGGUUCAAAAACAUGUAAAUGCUAAUCUUGGCAGGGCUUCCUCUGCGUAUCAGCUCAGAUUUUAGAGGAGCCUGCAACUAAAGGUUCAGAAUCUAAUUUUAUAUAACCACAAAUUAUACAAUAGCCUGCAUCGUGUGAACUUAGAGAUUAUGCUCUGAUGUAAAGUAAAGUAAAGUUUAACAUGGUAAAGGAGAACCAGACAUCUUUAACUGCAUCAAAGUACCAUUGUUUUAAAUAGCAGGGAACCAUUGUAGGAAAGCAGCAAAAAGCAGUAAUCUAGAAAAAAUGUGCAUCAUUUAACAAAACAAUAAGUAAAUGUAUAUGUAGACUUGUAUUGCACAAUUUGAUAAGGUCUGUACUCUAUGCUCCAUUAAACACUGUACUGUAGUAUUAUUGCGAAAAUGUUUUUUAAAAGGUUCAUUUGCUUGUGUUGACUUAGUGUGAUUGACUAAUAUUUUUUUUUCUUUUCUGAUUGUUCACAUGCCCAUAUUCUUUUGUUAACAUUUUGUGUACAAACUGCUAUCCAGAACGUGUAAUUGCAUUUAGAAGGUACAUUGCCACUCUGUAAUUAUAAUGUAUCAAAAAUGUGGUAACUUUUUUCUGUUGACACCUCUUAUGUUUUAAAUGUUGCAAACCUGUAAUACUGAUGUUAAUUAAUAAAGAUAAGGUGAAAUCGUGUUAUCAUUUUGA